ACAAAAAGAUUUGUACUAUAAAUAUUAAAUAUGGAGAGUCAUAAAAAUCAUUCCAAAAACAACGAGUGAGAUUAUGGCCAAAGUAGGAGAUAGUUCCGGAGCUAAGGAACUGAAACUGCCCAAACCCAAAAUCUCCUUGUCUGAUCUCAUCUUUGUCAUGAACGUACGUACCGAAGCAAAUAUGAUAGCACUUGUGAAAUAUGGUGAGGAGCUAGAGUUUGGCCCCAAUGACCGGUUCCACAUACAAUUCGAAACCAUGAGCCAUCUCGGACAGUCCAAGUCCACUAUGGCCGAUGUAAAGAUCAAGUGCAGGGUCGUUUAUAAGGAUGAUUGGGAAGACGUCGUCACAAUCUUUGAUGCUCGAAGGUCAUUAGACGCAACCUUUGGAUGUUUGAUCAACGAUCUUGUUACUCCACAAGGCUAUAUGAUAAGUGGCCUCGUCGCCUAUGUCGAGGUGGCUUUCAAAGGCGAGUUACUUGACAAGAUCGGCCUUCAGAUGUUCCUCCAAGGCGACGGGAGAUACUUUUCACUUGACGAUACUCUUACAUAUCUUCAGUGUUUGUUCCUCUCUAAAAACUAAGUACUUAA